CGUAGAGUUCCCGUUCCAGGAGGGGCUGUGCAGUGCGGCACAACCUGAGAAGUCAGCCUGACAGCUAGUGUGGGUGCCGCAAGGUGCUGUCCGAGCUGUGCGCUUUGUGGUGGUACCACUGGCACUGGGCAGUGUCAUGGUCGAGGUGCGGGCAUCCGUGUUGACCCAUGGCCUGUAUGACUCUGUGAGGAAGAUCUUCACUGUGCAGCCAGGGGGAGAACAGCAGUGACUCCAGCGCAGCAUCAUCCUGGACCUGAGAGGGAAACCCCAGAUGGAGCUCAUCCAAGGCCACCACUUAGACAACUUGGUGCCCGACACAGAGGCUGAGGUCUUCCUCAGUGUGCAAGGCAACCUCCUUGGGGAGAUGCUGGUAGGGGGGCUGGAGCUGGGGGGUGAUGUGCUGCAGCAGCUGGUGGUGCUGCCCAACGGCUGUGUGGAGCAGAACAUCUUCAGAGUGACGCCCAACAUCCUCCUCACCCACUACCUGGAUGCCAUGAGGCAGUGGCACCGUAUCGGGGUGGAUCACCGGGACCGCACCAUCCAGCACAUCCUACAUGGCUAUGCCAGGCAAAUGCAGUACCGCCAGUCGGAUGGCUCCUACUUCCCCUACAGAGGCAGCACUGGAAGCACCUGGCUCACUGCCUACAUCCUCAAGGUGUUCACCAUGGCCCACCCGCUGGUGAACACCAUAGACCUCCAGGCCCUGUGCUCCAGCGCUGCCUGGCUCAUCCGCAAGAAGCAGGGCUCUGAAGGCCACUUCUUUGAGAACACCCCCAUCUACACCCCAGCGAUGCAGGGUGGAUACUUGGGCUCUGAGCAGCGAACUUCCCUCACUGCCUUUGUCCUCAUCGCACUCAAGGAGGCUGAGCUGAUGUGUGCUGGGCAUGUGCAUCCUGCAGCAAGCCCAGCGCUUCCUGGAAAAGCACCUGGGCAGCCUGACCCAGGCCUACAGCGUUGCCAUCAGCUCCUACGCCCUGGCCUUGGUAAACAGCUCCAAGGCCAAUGACGUCCUGGACUUGCUUCCCGCAACUGGACACACUGGCCUACAAAUGAGCAGGACUCUGACUCCCUGACAACUGUGGAGGCCACUGCCUAUGCCCUCCUGCAGAAGGUGAAGCUGGGGCAGCUGGAGGAGGCCCACGGCAUUGCCUGCUGGCUGGUUCAGG